AUGACCGCAGUAGGCACAGCCGUUGUCAACGCAAUCAGAAUCCUUAAUACAACCGUAUUGGUAGCACGCCUGUCGCUUCUCGAUUAUGUCCAACAAGUCUCUCGGAUGAUGCCUAGGGGAUAUAUCUCCUCGCUAUGUCUCGUUCAUCAGAUACAAGGCCAGCUUAAUGCUAGGAGAGGGGGACUGACCUUUUCCCUAGAUGAGUCCGGGAUGGCUACCGCUGCGACUGCGAAGGUAAAGAGGGCGACGAUUGAUGAGCGCAUGCUAGGCAAGGUAGUAUGA